AUGUCGCGUCCUAGUACAGUCGCUGCCCGAUGCGCUGCGCUAGGAACUUCGAUCGCCCAGGUCAUCCCGGAUAUCAGCAGCUUUGCUCGCAAAUUCCGCGAUGCUCGUCACGAUCUGAACAAGAUCAACAGUGAUCUGCUCAUGAUCAGAACUGGGCUGAGUAUUGCGCAAGACGACUUUUCGGCAAAGUGGGCCGAGCUGCCGGCGUCUCUGAUCGAUGCUGUCUCGCGAGUUUUGGACUCAUGCGACGAUACCUGUGAACGAUUGCAUAAGGCUUUUCUUAAGCUCUCAUGUGGUAGUAAACCAAAAGAGGACUGGCGUGUGCUGAAGGACGGACCUUUGGUGAAUCUACGGCAUGAUCUUGACGCCUCAAAGGUGGUGCUAGAGUUGUGUCUAGACUAUGUCGCAUUACUUUGCCAACAGGAUACGAUGGAUUCGUUACUUCAAAAUUUUGUCAGCGAUCUCAUCACGCAAAGCGAUGAAUUGCUGAAGAAGACGGAUACAGAUGAGAUUUACAUCACCUCGGACCGGAUAGCUGUGACGAAGGGCAAACGAAAAGAGUUGGAGCCGAACCAGAGGGCGGCGGUAGAUCGAAUCCUGUCAAACAUACCAGCGGAAGCGACAGCUGCCGAAGUGGAGAGGGUGAUAUGGGAAGGCGCAAACCCCAUGGCGACGCACCCAGAAUUCGGAUACUUCUUCAUUCGAGUAGCGUACGAAAUGUCGCCAGACAUUCUUACCCUUCUCUUGGAUUUCGGGGCUGACAUUACUCGUGUCAAUCCAGCACCAUCGUCGUACUACUCCGCAAUGCAUGCCGCAACAUUAGGACGGCAGCUCGCCACUGUCCGUUACCUUGCUUCCUUGGGUCACUCGAUCGACAACCCUGAUCAUGAUGGAGAAACGCCACUUCAUCUUGCUUGCAGGACGCCUGGUGCGUCUGCGAUAGCAAAGUACCUUGUUGAAGCUGGUGUGGACGUGAACUUUGAGGCGAAGAAUGGACCCAUCUCCAAACUCUUGCAGCACACAUUGCUCCUUACGAGGCGUAUUAUGACCAAUAUGGGGAACGCAUACAAGAUGUGGGUGGAAGGAAGAGAGGUGGAAGGUCGAGCGGAGCAGCUCGCUGUUGAAGACCCCGCGACUGGGGAGGUCUUCGCGCACUGUCAUGCUGCAUCUGCGGCUGAUGUCGAGGAUGUUGUUCAAACUGCACACAAAGUCUUCAAAUCGGGUGUGUGGUCGAAAGCCCCGCGCCAUGUGCGUGCGGACACGCUCGACCGAAUCGCAGAACUUCUGACCAAGAAUCUCCCAAGACUUAUCGCGCUGGAGGUACAGCAGACCGGACGCGCUAUCCGUGAGAUGAAUGCCCAAGUUCCGACUCUUACGAAAUGGUUCAAAUAUUACGCCGCGUUGAUACGAACCGAAGAGCGCUCUGUCCUGCCAACCGUCGGUAAACUACACAAUUGGGUUGACCGUAAGCCGCUCGGUGUAGUCGCGCAAAUUACGCCGUUCAACCACCCAAUGUUGAUUGCUGUCAAGAAGAUCGCACCCGCAUUAGCCGCGGGCAACUCCAUUGUGCUGAAACCAAGCGAGCUGACGCCGCUCACCAGCAUUGAGCUUGGCAAGCUUCUGAAAGAGGCCGGCUUGCCCGACGGCGUCUUUUCAGUGUUGCCAGGCGACGGCAUCACGACCGGAAAGGCUCUUGUGGAGCAUCCGCUCAUCAAGAAAGUCGAUGUUACUGGCGGCACACCAGCAGGACGCGCCAUUGGCGCCAUCGCAGGACGCAACCUGGCACAUUACACCGCCGAACUUGGUGGCAAGGCUCCGCUGAUCGUGUUUGAAAAAGCGCACAUGGAUCUUGCAAUCAACGGCAUUGUGUUCGCAAGCUUCAUAGCUAGUGGCCAGACAUGUGUGGCAGCGACGCGUAUCAUCGUGCAGAACAACAUCAUCGACCAGGUAGUGGAGAAGCUGAAAGCCAAGGUGCAGAGCAUUGAGAGGCGGAUGGGCUCACCGAAGAAUGUGGAGUCUAUGAUGGGUCCCCUCAUAUCGGCGAAACAGCUCAGCAACGUUGAGACACUAGUCAACGACGCAAAGGAUGCAGGUGUGACGGUUGUCACAGGUGGCCAACGGAUGACUCACAAAUCUUCACUGGACGAUACCGACUUCUCGAAAGGCUACUUCUAUCCACCAACAAUACUGACGGAUAGCACUACAAAGAAGAUUGUCGAUACGCGCAUAUGGAAGGAAGAGGCCUUCGGUCCCGUCAUUGUCGUCGUAGGCUUUGACACUGAAGAAGAGGCCCUUGAGCUUGCGAACGAUAGCGAAUUCGGUCUAGGCGCAGCCAUCUGGACGCAAGAUCUUUCGCAAGCUUUCCGCGUGUCAGAGAGCAUCGAGAGUGGCAUCUGCUGGGUCAACACGCAUCAUCGUAACGACCCAAGCUCUCCGUGGGGUGGCAUCAAGAGCUCAGGAGUGGGUAGCGAGAACGGUAUCGACGCUUACAAUGCAUAUACAACAUCGAAGAGUACGAUUAUAAACUAUGCGACGGCUGAUGAAGGGCUGGCUAGCGAUGACUGGUUCAGGGAGGGCGCUAGUGAGGUUAGAUAUGGAUGA